AUGCCAAUGGGAUUAACAAGCCCCUCUCGCUGGAAGUCCCGCCGGCAGGAGCUGCUGCGCUGCCUCGAGCACUUCCUGCAGGCUCUCGCUAGCGGCCAUCCCUUGUGCGCCCCCGCUGACUGCACCGAGGCAACGUGGGAGCGCUUCGUUGCCUGCUGCCAAGGGCAGGGUCUGCUCUCCUCACAGGCACCCGAGGCCGGGGAUUGCCACUACCUGGCAAACAUGCCCGCUUCUAGGCCGCUGUUCUUUAUUCUGGAUGACAAUUUUUACUACCAAAGUAUGAGAUAUGAAGUGUACCAGCUAGCUCGCAAAUAUUCAUUGAGCUUCUGCCAGAUAUUUUUAGAGUGUACACUUGAACAGUGCUUGCAAAGAAAUCGCCUAAGAAGUGACCCUUUACCUGAUGAGACAAUAUAUCAAAUGGCAAGAAAAAUAGAAAUGCCAGAUCUUGAGAAUAAUGCUUGGGAAGAGAACAGCCUCAUCCUGAAAAGCUCUGAAUGUGCUUUGGAGGAUAAUUUGCAGAUAAUUGACUUGUUGGCCAAUGCUUUGGAAAAUCCAGUGAAACAAAAUGAAGAAAAUACAGAGCAAAAGGAAGUAGAUCGAGCGAUCUGUGCAGCUAGUACUGUCCAUCAGGCUGAUCAGACUUGCAGACGAAUCAUCUCUCAAGCAAUGAAGGAUGCAAAAGAUAAAAAUGUACAUGCAAGUGAGAUGAAGAGCCUGGCAGAAGAACUCAACAAACUCAAAGCAGAAUUGUUAGAAGAUCUUCGACAAGGAACUCAUCUGAAAAAUCCUAUUUGCCAACAAAACAGCGACCCUGUAGCAAGCGUAAUUUCUUCAUUCCAGUAUGAGGCAACCACUAUAGUCAAUAAAUACAUUUUAAAAUAA